AUGGACGCGUACGCACCGUCGUACUCGUCGCUCGACCCGUCGCAGAGCUCGCUGAGCGACGGCUUAUCGCCCCGUGCGCAUGCCGCGCCGGCGUCCAUGACGAGCGUCAAGGAGAUGAUCGAUGGCAAGGAACGCCAAGUAUAUGUAAUCAGUGACGACGACGACGACGACACGCCGCCCGCGUCGCCGCUGCGCAACCCACCGGUGGUGGCUGCGGCGCGGCACAACGGCAAACGCAAAGCGUCGGCGCCGUGGAGCGGCUCCGACGAGGCGAGCGCCAAGCGCCAGCGGCAUGAUGCGAAUACCGCGGUGCUCGACCAGCUCGCCGCGUCGCUCAAUGCAAAUGGAAUGCGGCAGGCCUAUGCAGAGCAGCCUGCCUAUGCCGAUCCCGAGGCGUACGGCUACGCCAACGCGCUCCCGGCGCCCUAUACAAUGCCGUCGCCCGCCUAUCCCGAGAUGUACGCGGCGGGGAGCCAGAACCUGUCGUUUGCGCCGGCGCAGGACAAUGCUAUGCUUCUCGCGCGGGCGAACAAGGUGGAUCCCUACUACCCCUCGGCCAAGCCCCGGCAGUCGUAUUACGAUACCCGGCCUGUCGAGCCGUGGGCGAGUACGACGCAGGUGGACGGGCCCGAGGCGCUGAUGGUCGACGACAAGGACGGCCACUUUAUUGUACGCGAAGGCGACCAAAUCACGCCGCGCUAUCAGAUCCGAGGCAUGCUGGGCCAAGGCACCUUUGGCAAGGUGGUCAACUGCUACGACCGCAAGCUGCGCAGGUGUGUCGCAAUCAAAGUCAUCCGGGCCGUGCAAAAGUACCGCGAUGCAAGUCAGAUCGAGAUCCGGGUACUGCAGUGCCUGCGCCAAAACGACCCGCUAAACGAGUACCAGUGCGUGCAGCUGCUCGAGACGUUUGAUUUCCGGAAUCACGUCUGCAUCGUGUCGGAUCUGCUGGACCGCAGUGUGUUUGAUUUUCUCAAAGACAACCACUUCCAGCCCUUCCCUUGCCGCAAUAUUUGGUACUUUGCCAAACAGCUCUUCAAGAGCGUCGCAUUUCUGCACGGCCUCUCGCUGAUCCACACGGAUCUAAAGCCCGAGAAUGUGCUGCUUGUGGACGCUUCGUACGACGUCGUUGCCACCUCGCGGCGCGCCAAUGCACGCAAGAAGCGCGUCCUGCGCAACGCAGACAUCCGCCUGAUCGACUUUGGCAGCGCGACCUUUAACGACGAAUACCACUCGGGCGUCGUUUCCACACGGCACUACCGUGCCCCAGAGAUUAUCCUGGGGAUGGGGUGGUCCUACCCUUGCGAUGCAUGGUCCUUGGGAUGCAUACUCGUGGAAUUCUUUACCGGAGAUGCCUUGUUCCAGACGCACGACAACUUGGAGCAUUUGGCGAUGAUGGAAAUGGUAUUGGGGGGGUUGCCAGACGACUACCGGCGCAAGGCAGAGACAUACAAGCCAGAAUACUUCCGCAACGGCCACCUCGACUAUCCGAAACCCGAGACGAGCAAGCAGAGCCGGCGGUACGUGCAGAACAUGAAGCGCCUGCAAGACAUUGUCGCAGCGCCCGCCGCCUACGCGAAACACAACCAGGCGUUUGUCUCGCUCCUGCGCCGCCUACUCGAGUUUGACCCGGCCAAGCGGAUCACCAUGCAGGAAGCGCUCUUGCACCCAUACUUUGACCUCCAACCCAAUGAGAUCCCGCCCUAG